AUGGAUGACGUUAAUUCAACUUACAGUGUCAGUGGGUCUGGUAGUGGGUCUACUAGGGACUGUCCACGCUCGAAUACAUCCAUAGGCUUGAAUACAUCCAUAGAAGAAUUAGUAAACGGUGUGUUAAGCCAUCCAAAUUUCAGAAACGCUGUCGACAGCAUUAACUCUGGUCAAACCACUAAUAACCGAACCAUACAAAGCGAUUCUGUAAAUACGGUCUCCUCAGGAUCGACAGGACCCGCUCAAGAACUCAGGAACUUGUUUCAACGGGGAACUUCUAUGAGACAGCAACAAAAUUUGAAUGCAACAAUUCCUAUAUUCAAUAGCAG